AUGAAUGAAAUGGAGCUAAAGGAUGGCUCGGGAUGUGACGGAAUACCCGACGGGCCGGACCUCCUCCCUUUCGCUGCUCCUCCUCCUCCUCCAGUCUUCAUCCCUCUCUCUCUCCCCAGCUCUCGACUAGAGUGGGAGCUGUGCCGGGAUUCGACUACACAAGCGGGAAAGACGGCAAAGCAGAGCCGGAUCUCACCUCUGGAUUCCGCCUCCACAGCUCUAAACCAGGAGGUUAGGACUAGGAGCGCUGGGCUGGGUACGCUGGCAGGCCCGGCUGCGGGGGCAUGGCCGUGGGGGGGCCGCAUCCCUUCCUCGUCCCUGCACCGGGACAGACGCUGGGGGUUUUGGGGCGGGGGUCCUUUCAGAGGUACGACGUCCAGACUCUCGGAGCUGAGACCUUGGUUGGGUCGAGGUCAUAACGCGGAAGGGGGCGGAGCGGACGGCAGACGGGUCCGAUGUUCCCGCAGAGUCCUGGUUCUUCUCGGCUCAUUAGUUCUCGUCUUUCUCACCUCGCUUUUUUUUUCCGUAUCGCUCCGGGGAAGCGUCGGUUUCAACUACCUGGACCCGCCCGGGUGGGAGGAGUCCAGGCGCGUGAAGCUGGUGCCCAGCUACGUGGGCGCACACAAGCUGUCCCCCCCCGAUGCCCAGCAACAGAAAACAUGCGCCUGCCCCCGUUGUGUUGGAGACCCCGGGGUUUCGGACUGGUUCGAUGAAAACUAUGACCCGGAUAUCUCACCCGUGUGGACCAGGGACAACAUCCAGCUCCCGUCUGAUGUCUACUACUGGUGGGUGAUGCUGCAGCCCCAGUUUAAACCCCACAGCAUCCAACAGGUUCUACUAAGGUUGUUCCAGGUGAUUCCCGGAAGAUCCCCCUAUGGCUCGUGGGAUCCGGGACGAUGCCUGCGGUGCGCCGUGGUGGGGAACUCGGGAAACCUACGCGGGGCCGGCUACGGGGCCACCAUAGAUGAACACAACUACAUCAUGAGAAUAAACCUGGCCCCCACGGUGGGCUACGAGGAGGACGUCGGCAGCCGCACCACGCACCACUUCAUGUACCCGGAGAGCGCCAAGAACCUGGCGGCCAACGUCAGCUUUGUCCUGGUCCCUUUUAAGACGCUGGAUCUGGUCUGGAUUACCAGCGCGCUGUCAACCGGCCAGAUUCGAUUCACCUACGCUCCGGUGAAGCAGUUCCUCCGCGUGGAUAAAGACAAGGUCCAAGUUUUCAACCCAGCAUUCUUUAAAUACAUCCACGAUCACUGGACCAGGCAUCACGGCCGCUACCCGUCCACGGGCAUGCUAGUGCUCUUCUUCGCGCUGCACGUCUGCGAUGAGGUGAAUGUGUUUGGAUUCGGGGCGGACAGCCGUGGGAACUGGCACCACUACUGGGAGCAGAACCGUUACGCUGGGGAGUUCCGAAAAACGGGGGUCCACGAUGCGGACUUUGAAGCGCAGAUCAUACAGCGUCUGGCUCAGGCCGGAAAAAUCACCGUAUUCCCAGGGAAGUGAUGGUUAUUUGAGGAUGUUUUAGUGAAAAGCUGGGUCGGUCUUAGACGCCGUGGCGUUUUUUAAGAGUCCCGGGUUUGGGUUUUAAGUAAAGUCACCGUAACAUCAUAUCAGAUUCAAGUAACUAAUCCACGAGUCACAUAUCGAUUCAACAUAUCUGCUGACUAAGUCAUUGCGGCACCCGGUGUUUACGUUGAUAACUUCAACUCAGGAGUGGAAGAUCCCGGACGUAAGUCCACGUAAACCAUGACCGCGAUCUUCUUGAGAAGAGAACUGUUUGGUUUUCCCAUGGAUUCAUGGAUCUAAUCCCGCCCCCACGGAUGAAUGGUUUGCCUCAAGAUGGAAAGAGCAGCAUCAGCAGUCGAGAAGACCGUUGUUCUGCAGCCUUGUUGUUUCCAAUAGCAACAAAACCACCGAGCUGUGGAUGUUGACCAUUACGAGGUGCUGCACCGUAGGCGUGCAGACAGACAGACAUGAAUCAUGGACUAUAAAGAAGUGAAAUUUUUAUAAAAUAGUUUCCUGUAAAAUCCUCUACAGAAGCAAGUCCUCGGACUCGGUAUUUAGUACACCUACGAGAGAAGAUCUGCGAGGGACGUUGAUUUGACAGUGUUGAGGAUUUCGUGCUUGGGAUGGAUGCACGCCGGUUUCUGGAUCAGACUUUUAAUAAUCCCCAUGUGGUGUGUCACGGUCUAAUUUAAGAGCCAAAGCACGGCAAAGCCAGCGCAGCAAACACAUCAUCAUUUAGUUCCGGGGUCCAUGUCGUUUUUUGCGACUUCGGCCGCGACUUAAUGCUACACGACAAACUGCACUGGCUUCCGAAGAGGACUGCGACUUGACUUUUGGAUCCCGGUCUAUUUAGCUCAUUCCAGAUUACCCCCAUGAAAGACCGGAAAUCAUUGAGCCCCAUUGACUGCUCGCCCCGGGUAUCCGCUAUUAAAACACUCCGGAGGGGGUCAAGAGCCACCAGACGCCUUAGAAAUGACCAUAUCAGCUUCACUUCCUGUUUAUGUUCUUCAUCAAGACACAUUGUUUUACAUGGUUUGUUACCGUUGCUGCUAUCGCUAACGAUAUUUAACUUUGGUUUGUUUUGAUGUCAGAAGCUAUAACAAGAGAACGGUUGGGACAUAUCUACAUUUUCGCUACAUGACAAAUAUCUUUAGCGCUCUCAGAACUGUUUAAAUAUAUUAGACUUAGCCACACUAGCAUACAUGUCUACUGACUACUUGUCGUUAGCUUUGUAUUUAGCAUAAUGGACUCGACAAUGGUAUGGAUAGUCAACGGUAGGGUUGGCCGAUACUGCAGAUUUUGGUAAUGGUUUUAUUUCAUUUGAACAUCAGAUUACAAUUGAAUGCAUCCCAUAAUAAGUUCCCAGUUCCACAUGUCCAAAAGGAGUAGGAAGAAGCAAAGCUUAUUAAAUCCUACCCCUUUAUCUGGUACUUUUACAAUCAGUAACUGUUACAUUUGUUCACUUCCUGCUUUCCUAAUAUAGUUUAACUUUUCUUUUUUAAUUUUAUUUUAUUUUUAAUUUUAUUUUAUCUUAAUUUUUAAUUGUAUUUAAUUAAAUUAAAUUACUGUGAUUGGCUGGCGACCAGUCUAGGGUGUACCCCGCCUUACGCCCGAAGACGGCUGGGAUAGGCUCCAGCACCCCCCGCGACCCUCGUGAGGAAAAGCGGUAGAAAACAAAUGAAUGAAUGAAUAAAUUAAAUUAUUCAUUAAUAAUUAAUUAAAUUAAAUUAAAGUUAAUUUGGAUGAAAAAUUAAUUUAAUUUAAUUAAUUAAUUAAUUUAAUACAUUUUAUUUAAUUUAAUAAAAUGUAAUGUAAUGUAAUGUAAUGUAAUGUAAUUUAAUUUAAUUUAAUUUAAUUUAAUUUAAUUUUAUUUUAUUUUAUUUUAUUUUAUUUUAUUUUAUUUUAUUUUAUUUAUUUUUUAUAUGACCAUACAAUGACAUAAAGGGUACCAUAGUAAGUGUCAAUAUCAUGACUGGUUCAAGACUCUUCAUCCUUGUAUUUAGCAAACAUCAACUGCUAAUUUUGGUAUGGCGUCGGUACUGCAGUAAAUACAGGGCCAGUACUGCAGAUACAGAUACUUUUUACCUGAAAUUUUUCAAGAUCUGGUAAUGAUUUUGCAUUUAAAGUUAUUGAUGAUUCUAAUUGAAAAUGUAUUAUAUAUAUACACAUAUAUUAUGGAUAGGCUCCGGCAUAGAAAAUGAAUGGUAUUGGUAUUCAAUAUCUGGAUGAAGGACCCUUUGUUUUGGAAACUUGUACAACUGAAUGCAGUACAAUGCAGUACAAGCGCUAUUUAAAUGUUGGUUUAAGACAAGCUAAAUAUUAGAAUCCAUUCUCAUUGUGAUGCAGUACAGUUCUCCAGCUCUUCCAGCAUAAAAAUACUACUAAAUGAACACUUCUCUGACGGUAUUCCCACUGAGUGUUAUCAUCUUUAUAACCACAUUAUUGGCAUUCCGACAAGUACAUCAUUCCUGCCAUGAAAAAGACUGCAAAGCUGGACCCGAUUCUGCAAUAGAGAUUAAUUAAAUAAUUAACAUGAAGCAGUUGGUGGCUGAAGCACUCAGGGUUUCUAUAAGUAACACAUGAGUGGAUAACUCGGUAAGUAUCUCAGUGAACAUAAAUAUUUAUGAGUAGCAUCUGAAGAGAAAACACCUGGUUUUAUUUCAAAUUCUCAGAUAUUGUUUCUAACGUAAAAAAAAAAAAAUCCUACAUGAGAAAAUCAGAUUAUAUCAGCAAAAUAGCAAAUACUUUUAAUAAAAAAAAUAAAAAAAGUAUAAGUCAGGGGUCAUUUGGCUCGCUAAAAAACACCCAAACAAUGAAAACCAUUCAAGUUCUCAUGCAAACACUACUUCCUUUGCUCUGCAGGGGGCAACAGCGAGGCGUACGUUUCAAAAUGGGGCAGCAGUAGAAGAAGGCAGCUCGUAUUUAAAUAAAUAUGGCGGUAUCAACAUUUUUGUAAAUAAACCUUUAGGGCAAAAAAAAAUAAAUACUAUAUAACUAUACAUACGUAUAUGUAUGCAUGUCCACUAAUCCCUCAUUUAUCGCUAUUAAUUGGUUCCACACCCAACUGUGAUAAGUGAAUUUCUGUGAAGUUUAUAACUCAGAUAAAUGCAGCUGUAGUACAUAUCUGGGAUGUUACUUCAUGUCAACAGGGUAACGGUAAAAACGUUUUUAGAAUGUUCAUUCAUUCAUUCAUUCAUUUUCUACCGCUUUUCCUCACGAGGGUCGCGGAGGUGCUGGAGCCUAUCCCAGCCGUCUUCGGGCGAGAGGCGGGGUACACCCUGGACUGGUGGCCAGCCAAUCACAGGGCACAUAUAGACAAACAACCAUUCACACUCACAUUCAUAAAAAAAUAUGGACAAUUUGGAGUCGCUAAUUAACCUAGCAUGUUUUUGGAAUGUGGGAGGAAACCGGAGUACCCGGAGAAAACCCACGCAUGCACGGGGAGAACAUGCAAACUCCACACAGAGAUGGCCGAGGGUGGAAUUGAACCCUGGUCUCCUAGCUGUGAGCUGUGAGGUCUGCGCGCUAACCACUCGACCACCGUGCCGCCCGUUUUUAGAAUGUUAUUAUAUAAAAAUAUAUAUGUUAUAUGUAAUAUUUAUAUGUUAUUAUAUAAAUAAAUAAAAUAUAUAUAUAUAUAUAUAUAUAUAUAUAUAUAUAUAUAUAUAUAAACGUUGAAUCCUACUUUGUGGAAAUUCACGUAAGGUUUGGAACCAAUUAAUUGUGAUAAACGAGGGACAACUGUAUAUAAUUUUGACCUUUUUUUAAUAUUUAUUUUUAAUAUUUUCAAAGACAAAUUCUGGCCUUUGGACAAAUGCAAUUGCAAACAGCUGGAUCAUGUGACAGUGACGUUUAUGAAAAUCACACUACUUCCUGUAAAGAGUCUGCCUUUAUGUCAGAAUUGACUUGACAACCUGCUGCUGCUCAAAGGAGUCCCUGUCGGUGUUGCGUUUAUGCGAUUUACUGCCCUCUGCUGUUCAAGAGAAGAAGUGUAUGUGAUUUAUCUGAGUUGGUUCUGUCCCCGGUUGACCAUCAUCCAUUCUUGCCAUCCAUUCUUGAUUUUAUGAUGGAGUUUUAGGCUCGUUUUAGCUGAACUGUGGCUCAAUAUUCUCAAAUAUUGUUUUACCCACUUCCUGCAUCACACGCUUUCCGUGCCUUGUACGACAAACAUCCGCUAAGCUUGGCAUGUUUUUUUUAACACGACACACACGUGUUUUGUUUGUGUGCGGGCUGUGAGCUGUGCCUUCUGAGUUGGACUUUAAACAUAAAUCGCACAUUCUGCCUUCCUCUUUUAACCCAGCCGAUGUCUUCUUCUCGUCUAAAGAUGGCUCAGGAGAAGGAAGAAGACGCAGGAUUCAUGUAGACAUAUUGUGUGGUUUUUUUGUGUAGCUAUUUACUGUACAUACUGUGGAUAUCAAACCUCAACAAUACCUUACUAUGUUUUAAUGUCAAAUAUGAGUGCAAGGGUCUUUUGUACAAUUGUUUUAUUAAACAUAUAUGUUGAUUUUAGGUCCCCUAUUAUGCAAUGUUUAUGCCCGCCACUUCACAGGAUAGGACAGCUUUGUUAAAUCUAAAAAUAAAAAUAAUAAAUAGCAAGCUACAUUACCAGAUAUUCACAGUCACAUAUUUGAUUUGGUUUUUCGAGUGCAUGGGGACAGCAAACGGCGGCCCGCGGGCCACAUCAGGCCGUCUAAAGCCUUUAACAUGGAAAGUGUGGCUAUAGCAACAUGACUUCCAGUACACGGGGAACCAUUUUACUCAUUAUUUCUGAGGUCCGACUUCCAAAUAUCUGAUUUAAUUUUCCGGUACGCUGCGUUCAGACGCAUAAUUGGGUACAUUUCCUCCUGCAACUGGCAGACAAAAUGGAGAAAAAAUAGCUCAUAUAACCUAAUUUAACGGGAACCAUUGCACAUUUGGUACAUGGUGGUUGUUGUGGAGAUGUUUAUGUUCUCAGUCAUAAAAAAUGUUUAUGGUUUGCAUUCUUCAUUGUUACUGAAACUAACAGCAUCUGGGGAGAUUUGUACCUGCAACAGUUGGUUUAUUUUAUCCGCUACAGCAAGAUUACGAAUACGAAUGGUUAAAAUCAUGCACACACCUUUUUGACAGCUAUCUUACUUCAUAGAGGUGCCGCAUAAAGCAGAUGCAUCAAAACAAAGUAGAGGACAAGGAAGUGACCUGCUGGAUUAGCUCCAUGCUGUUGUUGGUGGGGAUCGGUCAUCGUCUAGUUAGGCCUUCCGUGCGUCACUGCCUGUGUAUUUACUGCAGAACACUUUGUAUCUUAAUUUCUGUAAAAAUAAAAGCUCAGUGAAAAAU